AUGAAGGUGGAAGAUGGCUUGGAUCGAGCGGCGAUGAUUGAGGCCGCCUCACGAAGCCUCCGGCAGCAGAUGCGCGGAGCACUACGGCCGCAAUCGAAGCCUGCGUUGCACGAUGGUGCUGAGGAGCCUCGCAGUGCGGAGAAUGCGCAGCGCCGGAUCCGCAGCGCAGAGAAUCAGCACAGAUCCACCUCUGGGCAAUGCGAGCCGGGCACGGUGGCGCCAACUCCUUCGACCUCGGCGUUGGAUAACUACCUGGAGGACGAUGUGGAGGAGGAUGUCACGGUCAAUUCUGGUCUGGAUGAGGUGCCUCGAGUCCCUCAUGAUUUCCCGCAAGAGUUGAAAAGACCUGCCAGCAGAAAGAAGGAUCCAUCCGCCUCAGCAGCUGCGGGCUUGGGUGCCUUUUCGGGGCCUUCAAGGAUGACCGAUGCCUUUGAGCAAAGAAAGACGAGGCAACCAAUCCCAGUGGAGAGCUGGGGUCCACGUCCACCCAGCCGUGCGGGUCUCCCACCCAAGGCUGAAGUGUUGGAGCGAGACGGCUUCAGCACUCCCUGCCGAGGCGGUGCUGCGUCAAGUGCCAGUGGCCGUCCCUUGCUCAACGGGCGUGAGCAGAGCCAAGGCAAUAGCCGCCCAUCCAGCAAGAUGAGCAACGAGGCACCCCGCGAGCGGAAAGCGGCUACUGCUGAGCAGGCUGGUCUGGGGUCCAAAGUCGUGGGCGGCACCUGGGCCUCGGCCCGGGUGGAGCCGCGCGGCGCGGCGGCGCGCGUGGUCAUCCACGGGGGCUCCGGGUCGGCGGGGGGGGCGCUAGCCGACGCACGAAGAGGUCGUGAACGCCGCAACACACGCAGUGGCCCAGAGGCGGCGGACCUGGGGGUCUUCGGUCGGGGUCAGCCGGGCCUUACGAAGAGCCUCAGUGGCGUGCUGGACACCACGCAGUCACUGGGCCAACGGCGGGAAAGGGAUGGCUCAAGGCGUGGGAUGGCUGUGCGCAUCGCAACGCCGUUGUAUCGUGCCGGGAUGAUCCCCGUGGCAGAUGGAGGCAAUAGCCGGGUCUACGAGGUGAAGGAUCCCGAGGGCCAGCUGCGGGUGGUGAAGCAACUGCCAUGGCUGGGAGAAUCGGAUCAAGAGAACGCGCUCAAAGAGGUUCCAUACUUCGAGAGUUUCCUGGUGAGAUCCACGCCAUCAUUGCCUUCAGAAGACCUCCUGUGCUUGGUCAUGAGCCGUUGCGACCGUGAUCUCCGGCAGGAGUGCCUCCGAGUGCGUCUGGAGUGGGAGCUGCAACACAGCGGCUGCUCCCCAUCCAGUGAUGGCUUUUUCAGACCUCACAUUGCGGAACAGCAGGUUCUCUCGUGGUUGGCGCAACUGGCUUGGGGACUGCAACAUCUGCACAGUCGGAAGUUUCUGCAUCGAGAUCUAAAGCCACAGAAUGUGCUGCUAGCCCAGGGAGGCAAGCGUGUCAUGCUGGCAGACUUCGGUGUGGCUGGACAGGUGGAACACACCGAGGACUUACGGAGGAGCAUCGUUGGAACGCCGGCCUUUAUGAGCCCCGAGAUGUUGGAAGGGAGACCUUACAACAGCAAAACCGAUCAAUGGGCGUUGGGAUGCGUUCUCUACGAAAUGAUGGCCUUGGAGCCUCCUUUUGCUGGACGCUGUGACUCCUACGCUGCUGUGGUCAGUGCUGUGUUGCACGCGCCACCGGUGGAAGUGCCGAGCGGAUACAGCCAGGAGCUGUCGGAAUCCUUGCAGAAUCUGCUGGCCCGAAAGCCACACAACCGGCCUUCCAAUCGCGAAUUGCUGCGGUCGCCUUUAUUGAGAGAAGCUUUCCACGACUUUCUCCAAUCCCUGGAGCCCGCGGCUUCCCCCGACCGGAAGAGCAGCCUGCAGCCCUGGGCCAAGAGCCGCAGCUCCACCGUGGUCUCCACAGCGCUGGCCACGGCUGCGCCGGCCACGGCGCCGGCCACGGCGCCGGCCACGGCGCCGGCCACGGCGGUGGGGUUGGCGCGGCGCGCCGUGCCGUUGCUGCGGCAGCUGCAUCAACCGGAGGAGGAGAGGCCAAUGUUGCCUGAAAGGAACGGUGGCGCCCACGAGGUGGAACUGUUCCCAUCGCCCUCCGCAUCCAGCGAUGGCACACCCAGCAAGAACGAUUCCAGUCACGGCCGGAGCCAAGAUUUGGGCGGCACUGGUGGCAGCUCGAACUUCAUGGGGUACGGUGCGCGCACCCCGGGACUUCCAGGGCUGGUGGAGGAUGAGCUGGACCUUCCUUCAAGGAGUCCUUCGGCCACACCCUUCAGAGCUACAUCUGUUCAGACGGAAGGCUGUUCCUAUCCAUCGGAUUUUGAGAGCGACUCCCAGCAACCUGCCGAGCCAUCGGGUCGAUCGGGUCAUUCUUCAGAUCAGGAGAUGGACUUUUUGGAAGACUUCCAAAUCGAGGACGAGGCCGGGCCAACAGACCAUAACCUGGGCAACCAGGAGUGGCGCCAGCUGCUGGCCGAGGCAGAGGCACUACUGGUGCCACUGCCGGAACAGAACUGGGGGGAAGAGACGCAGAAGUUGCGGACCACGUUGUCAUCCUCUUUGGGAGGCGAGGAGAAGGUUGACCAGGCCCUGAAUUUCCUGCGUGACCGUAGGCCCUUGGGAGAUACCAUGGAAGCCGACGAGCUCCUGUUACAGGUGGAGUUAAUGGAUCUACUGGGCGAAGAAGGCAUUCAGAAUUUACCGCUCUUGGAACGUUUGCAACACCUGGAUCCUGGAGAUGAAUCUCCGGUGACGGCAGCGACCUCACUAGCUGGCGAUGCCAAACAACCCGUGGUUUCACAAGACAAAGACCUGCGCGCUGAGGGUGGAGAUCCCCUGGGUUCUCAACCGUUCCGCCACUCGGCGCCCAAAGCGCAACGGCCAGUGCUCGCGGAGCCGCAAGCCUUGGAGGUCUCUGGUUGUGGUCUUGGAGACGCAUGGCCGGCGAGCCCCCAAUCGUGCGGCGGUACGCCCCCCACCCGCAGAGAUCGUCGGUCGCACCCAGAGAUGCAGAUGGAAGACGUGGAGGUGGACGAACAUGUGCUCCACCCCAACUUUCGACGUGGCGAUGCGACCCCACCGCAGGUCAUCGUCACCCGCCACGGCCGCGGUGACCAACGGGGUCCCUUGCGGCGCUCCGUGGAGCCACGCGCGGCCCGGGAGCAACGGGAGUCGCAACGGAUGCCGCGGCUGGGUCGCAGGAGCAUUGUUCUCAGAUGUUCUCAUGCCUGGGCCAAGCUUUGGGGUUUCUUUGGUGCCAAGUUCGGAACUGCCGAUUGGUUUCCUGAGAAGCGACCCCGGAAGUCAGCUGGAAAACAGUGUCGCGCCAAGACCUUCGGAGCCUGGGACAUGUUGACGUUGUGGCACUUGCACUUUUUCGAGGGCAAAGGGAUGGGGCAUGUGGAUGCGCAUUUUCAAUGGGAACUAGCGGUGUUGGACAAUGCUCGGUUUCUGAUGCUCACCUUGGUCCUUGCCACCGAAAUGCUGACCCCACAGUAUCCGGGUUUUUUUGAUGUGUUGUCCUUAAUGAACCCAUUCCAAACUCGGACUCUAGCCUUCAUCUCCGGCUUUGUGAAUAAGACCUCAGGGAAGUCCUCCUGUCGAGAUGUUUGGAUGAAAUCACGCAACACCGUGGUGCAAAUACUGAUCUUUGUGCUUUUGUUGGAACCAAUUUGUUAUCCGUACAUGUUGGGCCAGAAGCUUCACCUCACCUUCCGAGGAUAUUUGGCAGAGAUCGCACAUCAGCUUCUCUUCCCUGGUCGCAAUGUUCAAUGGUACCUCUACGGCUUGCUUUGGUGGCGCUCCAUCGAUUUCGUGACCGCUCACUUGCAUAUCGCUGGGCGUAUGGCUCUGGCGCUCAUGCUGUCGCAAGUCGCAAAACUGCACCCAUCGAGUUUCCUGAGUCUCUCUGAAUCCUUCGCGUGCCUGCCGCUCUUUGUUGCUGGCGCGAUUUGUCGCAGAAAGUGGAUGCAGAUCGAUGAGUAUCUUCGAGAAGAACUUGACAAUUCCAUGCCUUUGAGUCCAAUCUUUGGCAAUCGAGUUUUCCAGGUGGUUUGGGGCUUGACGCUUUUCUUGUACUUCCACCUGGCCCGUUGCGUCUUUGGUGGCAUCUACACCUGCCCAAUGGGCACCAAAUGUCCUUGGAAAUUGCCUGAAAUCUAUCACCAGGACAUCAGGUGGUCUGCCCAAGUUUUUUCGCAGCUCAAUGGACUGGCAGGUGAUUUCAUGAUGCUGGGUCAAGUGGUCAUCUUCUUGCUGCUGAUUUGUCCACGACAGAAGGGCUUUAUUACCACAACAGGGCGACAGACUCUGUUCCCUUAUAUGUUGCAUCACCCACUGAUGCCCAGUGCGAAGCAAGGGAUGGACUGGAUCUUGUCUUUGAAUGUCGACGGCCUCCUGGCUUGGAUCUUCCUCUUGCUUUCCAGCGGCAACCUCGUCUACUGCCUGGCUUCACCGAAGCUACGCCAGGUCUUCAAUCCCAUCCUGCAGCCUUUCAGCAACCCUUGA